GGGGCGUCGGCGGGAGCAGCCGGGCCACAGCCGCGGAAAGACAAAGGGACACCCGAGACCGAGACCGGGAGGGCGCGGGGAGCCGCCGAGCUCGCUGGCAGCUGAUUGUUCCCAGCUGUGCGCCGCCACAUCUGGUCUUCCCCCCACUCCGCCGCUCCGCAGCCGGUCCCUCCACCCCCCGACCCCAGGGAGUGUAGGGUCCGGGGCUCUGAGUAGGCCCCGCUCAUCCCCUCCUGCCCACUUGGGGUGGGGUUCCCAGCUGUGGAAGGGGCCCGAGGGGGGCCGCCUCCUAGGCAGGUCUGGGCUUCCCCCAUACCCCAAAAUCCAUCGUCUAGACAGAGAUGCUUGGAGAUGUGGUCCACCCAGGAGGAUCCAUUACUCCCACACCCCUUGCCCUGGGGGCCCCUUCCCCCAAUAAUAUGCCUGGGCCUGGGUGCCAGACCCUCCCAGGGAGGAAGACUCCGUGACGGAGGCUGAGAGGCCUAGGAGGGGUUUGGGGGACAGACAGCCCCCAUCCCACUUCUUAAGGCCCCUUAGGCCCCCACUGAGGGCCUCUUCCUGAGUGGUGACAGUUACACUGGCCUGGCUGCCACCAGCCCGUGGGGACAAGGAGGGGACGGUGAGGCCUUGUGGGGAGUUACCAGGAAAGAGCUCCAGGUUUUUUUGGUCCCUCCUACCAUGCGAAGGCCAAGGGUUUUCAGAAUGGGAAUGUGGGGAGCCAGAUGUGCCCUGCCUCUGGGGCAGCUUGAGUCAUGGGUCUCAUCUCCUCCACCCCACCCCACCCCAGUAAGGAAGGGAGGUGGUGAAUGUGUGAGCCAGGCGGGGGUCCCAGAAGGCUCAGGAUUGGGAGGGAAGAGGGACGGAUGCCCACGUUUCCUUCCCCUCUCUCUAGACACCCUGGGGGCAGUCAGGGCUCCGGUUAGCUGUCUGGAAGAACUCCCUUUGCCGUGGUGGGAGGGGCGCUCCUGGGGGGUUGAGCCCUGGGCUCUCUCCCAGCACUGCCGGCAGAAGGAUGACAGUCCUGAGACUGCCUCCCACAGCGCCGGGACUGCGCACGGGGACCAGAGACGCUGCCAAGCCCGUGGUGUGGCCAAAGACUGCAGUUCCUGAACUUCAAGAGCCUGGUGAAGGCUACAGACCACUGUCCCCUCCCUGCAAAUGACCCAGCGCAACACUUGUCAUAGGGUGUUAGGGGGCUCAGAACCCUGGGCUGGAUGACAUAACGGUCCCUCCAGUGCUGCCCUUCUAGGAUCCAGAGAAACUCUCCUCAGACUCCACCCUAAGUGUUUCCUGCUGCUGCAGACAAAUAGACCUUAGUCUCGUGAGUCUGGGAUGAAGACAGCCAGGUCUUAGGAGGCCCGGAGGCCUGGCAGGAGAGGAAUCUUCUGGGGGUGGGAGCCCUGCCCAGGCCUGGCUGCCCUUCGGCCCCUGGGGCCCAUGCAUGCAUGUGGUUUCCUGCAGAGCAAGACACUCGGGGCCCGGGGGCUAAUUGGGAACAGGUGGUGGGUCUGGCAGACGCUGUGGAGUCCCGGCUGUGGUGGUGGCUGAGCGGGACUGGGGUCCUAAGGAUGGGCCUGGGGUCAGGGGUUCAUGCCAUCAGGGCACGAGACACCAGAAGGCGCUGAGUCAGGAGGAGGGCAUGGCUGUGGGCUAGGAGAGUGGAGUCAAGGCUAGUGGGGGGGCAAGAAAGUCUCCCUUAGUGAGAGGGGCAGGGUGGGCUCUGUCCACUUGCAUGAUCGACACUGGAGAAGGGUUGGAGGCCCUGUCCCUUGGGACCUGAACAGCCGGUGGGCCGUGGGGGACAGCAUAUGUCCCUCCACAGUAGCUCCGCCUGCCCUGCCCCACCCCGCCCCGCCCGACUCCUCGUCCUCCCUAUGGCUGGCUUCUAGUCUGAGCGCCUCCUUCUCCAGGCUGACGCGGGGGAGCAGAGGUGGGCUCUGCAGUCCUGGGCGCGUGGGCCAGAUACAGCCUGCCUCUCCUCUUCCUCCAGCUGUCCUGACACCAGCCCAGUCUGCCUCACCUCAUAGCCAUGAGAGCUGCCUACUUCUUCCUGCUGUUCCUGCCUGGCCUGCUGGCUCAGGGCCAAUAUGACCUAGACCCACUGCCUCCGUUCCCAGAUCACGUCCAGUACACCCAGUACAGUGACCAGAUAGACAACCCGGACUACUACGAUUAUCAAGAGGUGACUCCUCGGCCCCCCGCGGAGCAGUUCCAGUUCCAGUCCCAACAGCAAGUCCAACAGGAAGUCAUCGCGGCCCCCACCGUAGCACCAGGAAAUGUGGAGACGGAGCCCACGGAGCCUGGGCCUCUGGACUGCCGCGAGGAGCAGUACCCGUGCACCCGCCUCUACUCCAUCCACAAGCCCUGCAAACAGUGUCUCAAUGAGGUCUGCUUCUACAGCCUCCGCCGCGUGUACGUGGUCAACAAGGAGAUCUGUGUCCGCACGGUCUGUGCCCACGAGGAGCUCCUUCGAGCUGACCUCUGUCGGGACAAGUUCUCCAAAUGUGGCGUGAUGGCCAGCAGUGGCCUUUGUCAAUCCGUGGCGGCCUCCUGUGCCAGGAGCUGUGGGGGCUGCUAGGGCGGAGCUGGCACCNCCCCCCCCCCCCCCCCCCCGCCCUGGACCUUCCCGGAUCCGGGGCCCUCAGGCCUUGCCUGACCUGGUGCUUUUCUCCCCAGCCUCCCAUUCCUUUUACUCUGUAAAAAGUUAGUGGACUGUGGCCCUGAGGGUUCGUCUCAGGCCCCUCUCCCAGCCUGAGGCCACCCCUGGGGCACAAGGGGGGGCUCCCCGCUGCCCAGAUGAGGGGCAUCCCAGGCCUCUCGGUGGGACCUGGGCCUCUGAUGUGCCUUCUCAGUCCCUCUGAGGACAGUCCCCCGGCCCCCCAGCCCCUUGAGGUAGGCUAUGCCCCUCAGCCCCAGCUGGUCUGCUUGGAUUUCCUACAGCUCCCGGGCAUAGACCACCUUUGUUUUAUAUAAAAUUAAAAUUGUUUUUACAAAA